AUGGCAAGAUUCACAGCUUUGCAGGAGUGCGGGGCGAGGCAGCCUCAGAUCGACCAACAUCGCGCCACUGUUGACGAAGAGCAGCUGCUCGUCGUCGCCCUUCUCAACUCGCUGCUAUUCAUCAGCAGGUCUGACGCGCCCAUGGGGAUGUGGGUGAAACUGGUGCGUUACCUGGCGGAGAAGGGCGUGCCGGGCUUCCCGAAGAAGGGGUACAGCACCUAUUACACCACGGAGACACUGGCGGCUAGAACAGCCACCAAGAAGAUUCCCGCAUUCAACGUUAUUGACACGGUUAUUUGCACCGUGCUUGAGUAUGCCAGCGUGCAUGCGCAGAUCAAGCACACAACGUCCCACAUCGAGAGCCGCUACAUUGAUUGCAAUGACGACUUUGGUGGUGGCGUCAGCGAUCUGCUGUCCCCCUUCAUCGCGCGCCAUGGGCCGGGAGGAAACCGGGAGGUGACUGUCGAGGGUGUUGACUCGGACGUCCGACCUGCACGCUUCACCUUCAGGCUGCAUGAGGAUGAGCUGGAGGAGUUCGAUGGGCCUGGGACGCACGAUGGCUGCAUGGACGUCUGCACGGAGUUCGCCGAGCUGAUCGUCCACCAACUGCUGCAUCGGCUUGGUGACCAGGAUGGGAUGUCUAAGGCAAAGCUUUUCGCCCUCGACGAGUAUCCGCUGGACCGAGGAGAGAGGAACCGCAGGUGCCAUGAGUGGCUAGAGUCGCUUGUGACUCUGUUCAAGGCCGACCUGAUCGAGGAGAUCCUACCAGGAAUCACAAGCGUCGUGCAGUGA